CUCGCACGCGACGGCUGCUUCCUCAUAAUCAAGAUGGCUGCUCACAGUGCUGUGCUUUCUGUCUCUAGGAUUAUAAAUCCUCUCUGGGGUCGACACUUGGGAAAUACAGUUAAAGUAUUUGGAACAACUUUAACAAGUCACCGGACUAAAACACUUCAUGUUAGCGACAACAUCCCGCCUCCUGCAAAGUACGGAGGUCGACACACCGUGACGCUGAUACCCGGGGAUGGAAUCGGUCCAGAGCUUCUGAGUCACGUUAGAGAGGUUUUCAGGUUCAGCUGUGUGCCUGUGGACUUUGAGGUGGUGCAUGUCAACUCAGCGCUGGAGGCCGAGGACGAUAUCGAUAACGCCAUUACCGCCAUCCGCCGAAAUGGAGUUGCUCUUAAGGGUAACAUAGAGACCAAACAUACCAUGCCGCCAUCUGUGAAAUCCAGAAAUAAUCUCCUACGCACAAGCUUGGAUCUGUAUGCCAACGUGAUGCACUGCCAGUCCCUCCCUGGAGUCCAAACUCGGCACAAGAACAUCGACAUCAUGAUCAUUAGGGAGAACACAGAAGGGGAAUACAGCAGUCUGGAGCACGAGAGUGUGUCGGGGGUAGUGGAGUGUCUGAAGAUCAUCACUAGGACCAAUUCCCUCCGGAUUGCCGAGUAUGCGUUUCAACUGGCUCGGGAGAAGGGUCGCCGCAGGGUCACUGCAGUGCAUAAAGCCAAUAUCAUGAAGCUUGGAGACGGCUUGUUUCUGCAGUGCUGCAGGGAAGUGGCCUCUGGAUACCCUGACAUCACUUUCGACAGCAUGAUCGUGGAUAACACCACCAUGCAGCUUGUGUCCAAACCCCAACAGUUUGACGUGAUGGUGAUGCCUAAUCUGUAUGGGAACGUUGUCAGCAACGUGUGCGCCGGCCUGGUGGGAGGGCCUGGCCUUGUGCCUGGUGCUAAUUAUGGUCGGGCCUACGCCGUGUUUGAAACGGCUACAAGGAACACAGGGAAAAGUGUUGCAGGGAAAAACAUUGCUAACCCCACUGCUAUGCUGCUGGCCAGUUGCAUGAUGCUGGACCACCUCAAGCUUUACGACUAUGCCAACUUGAUAAGGAAUGCAGUACUCACCACAAUGAAUGAAACUAGGUUGCACACAGCGGAUCUGGGGGGUCAGGGCACCACAUCCGAGGUGGUCCAAUCCGUCAUGAGGGUCAUCCAGAGCAAAGGACAGCUCACUGCAGACAUCUAAUGGGUCUCUGUCGACGCUGCUUCAGCAGUGUGGAAUCAUGGGUAUGGAGCCGAGCAGCCUGUACAAUAUGAAAAACAGGACUUACAAGCAUUUCUGUUCAAAUCCCUUAACAGUUAAAAAAAAAAAAAAAAAAUCACGAGUAAAGAAAAUACAGUAUCACUCCUGUCGGAUAAUAAAAACUACUGUAUUUUUU